UGUACACAAGCUGACUAGUUACUGAAUUAAGGUCUGGUCCAUACAGCUGGCCUAUCGCUUUCAUAGUGUCACCCAGCCAACACUGGAUAACAAGCACCCACAAUGUUCAGCACAAAAAGGUUAAAGAAAAAGUCGCAGUCUGUGGACAUCCCUGAUGAAGGUUAUGCUAGUUCUCUCCUCAAAGACCCGCUGGCAUCACCCAUCAUACCAUCAAUGGCCAGAACCCCCAUAACUGAAGAACAGGAGAUCAACACCACUAACAUCCAGAAAGCUCGCACACCUCGCCGCGGAGAACUCAAACGGGGAUAUACCAUUGACACCGGGCAGAAGAAAAACACGCUGAAGGAUGUUCGGCGGAUUUCCUUUCAGAGGCCCAAAGGCACCAUGGAGUACGUGGUGGAGUCACGGGACACUCUCAACAGCAUUGCGCUGAAGUUCGACACCGCUCCCAAUGAGCUGGUACAGCUCAAUAAACUCUUCUCUCGUGCUGUGGUUCCUGGCAAGGUGCUGUAUGUUCCUGAUCCAGAAUACAUCUCUAGUGCCGACAGCUCCCCAUCCCUCAGUCCCAUCAGCCCCCUCUCUCUUACCUCUUCUGAGGCCGAUCUGGAGAAGACCACCACAGAUUCAGAUGAUGCCCACAGGAGACAAAGCACCCCAGCCUCAGGUCACGGACCCCCACGGCCGGCCAGAGUGGUGUCAUCCACCUCAGAGGAGGAAGAGGCGCUUACGGAAAAGUUUCUUAAAAUGAAUUGCAAGUACAUUACAGAUGGCAAGGGUAUAGUCAGUGGUGUGUUGCUGGUCACCCCAAGCAACAUUAUGUUUGACCCUCAUAAAUCAGACUGUCUGGUUCAGGAGCGAGGGUGUGAGGAGUAUGGCAUCAUGUGCCCUCUGGAGGAGGUGCAGUCGACAGCCAUGUGCAGGGAGAUCACAGACAUCAGGAUCAGAGAGCUUGUGCCGCUAGAUCUGGAGCUGGAGCCGUCUGUCACCGAAGUAAGCCACCUCAAAAGAGCCCCUCGGCUAAACGCAACCAACGCGGCACACCGCAUCCGCGAGACGGGUAACGACAGCGCCAGUACAGCCCCUCGUAGCACCGAAGCCUCACUGUCCGAAGACGUCUUCACCGAGUCUGAACUUUCACCCGUCCGCGAUGAUGCUGCCGCAACAUCAUCUGACGAACUUCAGCAAAUAAAAUCCUCUGGAGCGUCUUCUGAAUCCGUGCAGACCAUCAACCAGGCCGCCACUGUGAUAGAAGAACCUACAGCUAACAAAAAGGAUUUUAAAGGCGUGACAGAAAAUGCAGGAAUGGAGGGAAGUUGUUCAAAGGAUAGUGGUUUUGAGCGGAGUCUAAAGACAACAGAUUUAUCCAAUGAGAUCUCAGGGAAUGUUCUGGAAAAUGUAGCCGGGGAACAGGCCGCGAACGAGGCCGAAUCACGUACCACCUCCGAAUCUCUUUGUUCGGACACUGUAGCACCCGAAGAUUCUGUGAAGGAUCAUGAGACGAGCACAGAAGCUCGUACUAUGCAAUCGACCAAUGAAAAGAAAGAAGGGGAACAAGGAUCGGCCAAUGAGAACUCGCCAGCCAAUGAGCUUGGUGCCAAUGUGGGACGAAGUACAGAUGAAGUUGCGUCAGGGUCCAAGCGGAAGUCCAAAUCGCAUAAGUUCCUGUGUCUGAGGGUUGGCAGGGCCAUGCGGAAGACCUUUAUUUCCCAUGCCAGCGCAUCCAUGCAGCAGUACGCCCAGCGAGACAGGAAACACGAGUACUGGUUCGCCGUUCCUUCUGAGAGGUCAGACCACCUGUAUGCAUUCUUUGUCCAGUGGACCCCUGAUGUGUAUGGAGAAGGUUUGGGGGGAGUGACCCGGGAGCCUGGGUUUGUAGUGGUGAAAAAGAACCAGGAGGCUGAAAGUGGGCACCUGGACAAACCAGUGCCUGAUAUUACCUACAAAGACUGGGAGGUAGUGUCCGUUACUGAGUACUAUCGACGGAUAGAUGCACUAAACAGCGAGGACCUCCGCUCGCUCUGCAAACGCCUUCAGAUCACAACCAAGGAGGAGGUGAACUCUAAACUUAUGGUAAAAAGUGACCCAGAACCAGAGAUAUUCAGACCCCAUCUGAAUGAGCCCAGUGUCCUACUGCAACCGGAGCAGAUUGAAAAGCUGGCCAAGCACCUGCCCCCCAGGACAAUCGGCUAUCCCUGGUCUUUAGCGUUCAGCACAUCCAAUCACGGCAUGAGUAUCAAGAGCUUGUAUCGGACCAUGCAGGGUCAGGACUCUCCAGUUCUCAUGGUCAUCAAAGACAGUGAUGGGCAGCUGUUUGGAGCACUUGCUUCCGAACCGUUUAAAGUCAGUGAUGGCUUCUAUGGCACCGGAGAGACCUUCCUCUUCACCUUCUGCCCAGACUUUAAGGUUUUCAAAUGGACCGGUGACAACUUAUUCUUCAUGAAAGGAGAUCCAGACUCCUUAGCCUUUGGUGGUGGAGGAGGUGAGUUUGGUUUGUGGUUGGAUGGAGACCUCUAUCAUGGCAGAACUCACUCAUGUAAGACCUUUGGAAAUCCAAUGCUCUCUAAAACAGAAGACUUCUACGUGCAGGACAUUGAGAUCUGGGCUUUUGAAUAACGCACCCUGCAUCAUAGACUUUUCAAAUAAAUGACAAUAGGAGGCAAUAUCAGCAAAGAAGCCCAGAAAUCCAAUGUACAGUGCCCUUCAUUUCUGGAAUUGCCGAGAUGGGUGGUGAAUUUUGCUGUGUGUGAUCCUGCGGUCUCAAUAGAAGGUUCGUUUGACCUACAUCCAGGCGGAUUGAGGUCGUGAACCUGUCUUAAACCCAUUUGCUGCCUGAGGUCCUCCGGUCUUGAGGAUAAGGAAGGGCGGCGAUGGACGUUCCUGAAUGUUUGUACAAAGAAAUGUAGCUCAUCCAAUUUGGGGUUUCAAGACCUGAAAUACAACCCUACUCACCUGUAGCACUGCGUCUAUAUCGAGCACAUGAUAUCUAACCUCACAAGCCCUGUUAUUGAGAUGUCUCACACAGGCUCUGUAUAAUCACGUGUCAUUACUUAUUGUAAUAUUCAAUACCGUGUUGCUGUAAAAAUGUGAAAUAACAUGCAACCUGUGUGGUGCCCUUAUCUCAAUAUCCGCCUAUAAAUUCUUUUCUUUCGUCUUGGCGUCAAGGCAGGUGACCCAUGUACAGGUCAAUGAGAAGGAACAGACUGAUUUCACUGGAAUUGGGGAAGUAUAUAUACGCAUAUAUAAAUACAUAUAGCAAUUAUAUAUUUAUAUCUCUAUUAGUGUACUGUGUACAUAACUAUCUGACGUAUCGCUGUUAUGUGUGACAGUGAUAUGGUUUGCGCUACUAUCCUUAUAAGUAUAAUCUGAAUUGUACAUUUUCCUUGUAAAUUUGUUCCAAUAAAUAUUUCUAUAUGCACAAGAUGUAAACACUAAUCCAAUGUCAACUUGAAGCCCUUCGCUGGUGACGGAGGGGUCUCAAGAGACCGGCUCUUUAUGUCGACAGUAACCUAGGAACCGUAUAUAAGGUGACCUGGGUGUUUGCGAUGCGACGAGGGUGAUGAGAGACUGGUGACAAUCUCCAGGGCUUAUGGAUGAGUGCUGGCAUGAGAAGACCACUUACUGCAAUAUUUACAAAGAGCCACCCAGGGCACUUGACACCCAAACGACCAAAAUACAGGUUUAUGGAGUGUAAGUGUAAUGAAUGCCCUUUUAUGAACCGUAUUCAACCUGGAGGUUUAUGCAGAGAAAUGCCAGCUGAAAACAGGCCCAAAAAUUUGACCGAACUGUUAUGACCGGUGUCUUGUUAUGAAGGUCUGAUGCUCUCUGCAUGUCAUAGGAUCUUGGAGUCGAAGCUCUGAGAUGAUCCUCAGGGCCCUCCUGGUCUUCCAGAAUAGUAUUUGAUGGUUAUGUGGAAUCUCAAAUAGAUCAAUAAUCCCUUCAAUAAACCCUCACAGAUGAUUAUGUAUCAAUGUAUUAAUCACAAUAAAGCCUAUCUAGUA